ACGCCAUCCGCGUCGCACGUGCUGUCCCUUUCCGCUUCCGUCCUCCCUCCGCAGCUGUCAGAUCGCAAGCCCGAGGCCGAGCCCUAGCGCCGCCGCCGCCGCCCGCCUCCUGCCGCCGGUCCCAGCCCGACUCCGGUGGAACAGCGAGAGCCUUUGCGGAUCGGGAUCGCACCGCGGCGGCGGGACGACCGAUGGGCGAGGAGGCCAAGUACCUGGAGACGGCGCGGGCCGACCGCUCCGUCUGGCUCAUGAAGUGCCCCCCGGUCGUCUCCCGCGCCUGGCAGGCCGCCUCCGCCUCGUCCUCCUCCGACGCCGCCAACCCCAACCCCGUCGUCGCCAAGGUCGUCCUCUCCCUGGACCUGCUCAGCACCGAAGAGCCUUCCCUCCAGGCAACCGAAGAGCCUUCCCUCCAGUUCAAGAUGGAGUUGGCUCAAACUAAUAAUGCUGGCAAUACACCUAAAAGCUACUCUUUGAAUAUGUUCCAAGAUUUCGUGCCUAUGUGUGUUUUCUCUGAAUCGAACCAAGGGAAACUUUCGUGCGAAGGAAAAGUCGAGCAUAAAUUCGACAUGGAACCUCACAGUGAUAAUUUGGUGAACUAUGGAAAGUUAUGCCGUGAAAGGACACAAAAAUAUAUGGUUAAAUCUAGACAAGUGCAGGUACUUGACAAUGACCAUGGAAUGAGCAUGAGACCACUGCCUGGCAUGGUUGGUCUAAUACCUUCUGGUUCAAAGGAGAAGAAGAAGCCAACACCAACCAAACCAUCUGAUGUGAAAAGAACUCGUAGGGAUCGCACGGAAAUGGAAAAUAUUAUAUUCAAGCUUUUUGAAAGGCAGCCUAAUUGGGCACUAAAGGCGCUAGUGCAAGAAACUGACCAGCCAGAGCAAUUCCUGAAGGAGAUACUGAAUGAUCUCUGCGUAUACAACAAACGAGGACCGAACCAGGGGACGCAUGAGCUCAAGCCAGAAUACAAGAAGUCCACCGGCGACACUGAUGCUGCUUGAAGAUGCCAGUCCAUCUUAUAUGUUGUUGCAUGAGUGAAAGAUACUGAUCACCUGUUGGCCUGACGUGCGGAAUCAUUAGUUCUCUGUUGGUAAAUCAGGCUACAUGUAAACAUGAUAUCAUUCAGUUUCAUUUGUGUGCUUUGAGAGGCAUUGUUUGUAAGGAAUUUAUAAGCUGGAUAUAAAUUGUUUACAGAAAGGAAAAAAAGAACUGAAACUACAUGUAACAGUCUGAAUUACUGGAUGGACAGUCUAAAUGAUGAGUAACCAUGUCUCAGAGACUUGAGCGACUUUAAA